CACAAUUCACAAGUAAAAAAAAAAUUCUCUCUCUCUCUCUCUCUCUCUCUCUCUCUCUCUCUCUCUCUCUCUCUCUCUCUCUAGAAUCUUCAGCACAAAGUAUACGACUUGAAGAAAAAAGAAUGAGUUUUUGGAUUAUCAUUUUUGCAUUCGUCUUCUUUGCAUCUAUACUCAUUGUAAAGAACAUGAGCAAGACAAUGAAAAACCUACUUCCUGGGCCACCAAGACUUCUUAUAAUUGGCAACUUGCACCAAUUAGGAUCCAAACCUCAUCGUUCAAUGUUCAAAUUAUCUGAGAAAUACGGAUCUUUAAUGUCUCUAAAGUUUGGAAAUGUGUCUAUUGUUGUGGCAUCUACACCAGAGACGGUGAAGGAUUUCUUAAAAACGUUUGAUGCAGAUUGUUGUUCUCGACCUUAUAUGACUUAUCCUGCAAGAGUUACAUACGAUUUAAAAAAUCUCGCAUUUUCUCCUUAUAACAAAUAUUGGAGGGAAGUACGAAAGAUGAUGGUUGUCGAACUCUACACUGCAAAAAGCGUGAAAUGACAUAUAAUAGAAGAAGAAGUUGCCUCAUUAGUCGAAUUCAUCAAACAAUCUGCUUCAUUAGCAAAACCGGUUAACUUGAACAAGAAGUUAAUGAAACUAUCAGGAAGUGUGAUUUGUAGAGUGGGAUUUGGGAUCAGUCUUGAUGGGAGCAAACUUGGGAAUACUUACGAGGAAGUCAUUCAUGGAUCCAUGGAGGUGAUAGGGAGUUUUGCAGCAACAGAUUACUUCCUGGUUAUUGGCAGAAUCAUCGAUAGGAUCACGGGGUUACAUGGCAAAUGUGAGAGGGUUUUUAAGGCAAUGGAUACAUUUUUUGAUCAAUCUAUAGAGCAUCACCUAGAAAAUGAGAAUAUUAAGGAUGAUAUCAUUAGCUUGCUCCUCAAGAUGGAAAGGGGAGAGACUGGACUUGGAGAGUUUCAACUUACUCGAAACCACACCAAAGGAAUUCUUCUGAACGUUCUUCUUGCUGGAGUAGAUACUACUGGCCACACAAUAACAUGGGCGAUGACACAUUUGAUUAAAAACCCAAGAGUUAUGAAGAAAGUACAAGCUGAGGUGAGAGAAGUGAUCAAAAACAAAGAUGAUAUCACUGAAGAAGAUAUAGAACGACUCGACUAUCUGAAAAUGGUGAUUAAAGAAACGUUUUGGAUUACACCGAUUGGGCCACUUCUAAUUCCAAGAGAGGUUUCAAAAGAUAUAAAGAUUGGAGGUUAUGACAUUCCAAAGAAAACAUGGAUUCAUGUCAACGUAUGGGCUAUUCAUAGGAAUCCAAAUGUUUGGAAAGAUCCAAAAGUGUUCAUCCCGGAAAGGUUUAUGGAUAGCCAAAUUGACUAUAAAGGUCUAAACUUUGAGUUGUUGCCAUUUGGUAGUGGAAAGAGAAUAUGCCCAAGUAUUGGAAUGGGUAUGGCUUUGGUACACUUAACUCUUAUCAAUCUGCUUUACCGAUUCGAUUGGAAGCUUACAGAAGGAAUGAAUGUAGUGUUAAGGUAUAGAGAUAACACAACACACAAAACUACACUUGAAACGCACCAAGCAAACACUUUUAAUCAAUCUUCUAAAAACCCUCGUUUCUUACAGGACUUGAAAAACAAAGCUCACUCUCCUAUCUAUCUAACACAACACCUUGUGUAGAUCUAAAAGAGUAUACUACACACACUCACCUUCAAAGCUUUUUGUAUCUGCUUGAAGGUUUUACAAAACUCAAAAACUUUAUCCGACGAGUGCUAACACUUUU